GCCCGGACCGCGGCUGGAGCGCGUGCCACGGGGAGGGGGGGACCAUGCCGCGAGGACGAGCCGGCGGAGGAGCGUCGCCGCGGCACGAAGCAUGAACGUGGCGCUGUACGUCGUGACCGUGGCUCAGUGCGUCUACGCCGCGUCCGUGGGAGUGGGGCGCGCGGCCGUGGAGGGACGCAGGACGUGCAGGCUCUACUGUCGCGUGGGCAUCGGCUUCCACCUGCAGAUCCACGAGGACGGGCGCGUGAACGGCAGCCACGAGCCCAACCACCUCAGCGUCUUGGAGCUGUUCUCCGUGUCUCAGGGCGUCAUCGGGAUCAGAGGAGUUCACGCCGACAGAUACAUGUGCAUGAACCACCGAGGAAGACUCCACGCCACGGAGCACUUCUCCGAGGACUGUCAGUUCCGUGAGCGUUUCCAGGAGAACAGUUACAACACGUACGCGUCGGUGGCUCACGGGGCCCCGCGCUCCGGACGACAGUGGUACGUGGCCCUCAACAAGCGCGGCAAGGCCAAGAUGGGCUCCAGUCCCCGGGUCCGCUCCCAGCACGUGUCUACGCACUUCCUGCCCCGCGGAGGCCUGAGCGGGCACGGAGGUCUGGGCUUCACCAUCGCCCAGGAGCAGGGGCAGGGGCAGGGGAGUUGUGGAGCGAGCGUCUCUCUGAGCCUCGGAUCUGUGACUCCGACGACGACGCCGACGAAAACAUCAAACUCUGAAGAACUGCACUCUGAGAUUUACUGA